GUCCACCCGCCAUGAUUUCCACACACUUCUGACCAACAGACUAGGAAGGAGCAAGCAUGGACUUUGACGACCAACUCAUCGAGAAGCUCAACGCGCCCGGAAGGCACAUACCCACACUCACACCACCACCACCACCACCUUCCACCGACCCAACAACAGCAACCCCCACAACAAGCACACCCGACCCUUCGACGCUGCCCUCCUACCCACGCCCCUCACACACGGCAAAAGACAAUGAAAGCUACUACAUCAAACCCAUUCCCUCUGGUCUCCGCGGCCACAACCUCGCCGCCCUCAUGUCAGCCUGCCACAACCACACCCUCCACAACGGCUUCGACAUAGUCAAAAAAGCAGGCGUAAAACCCACAACGACGAAGAAUGGCAGAAAGAGCAUUGUCAGCGGUGCAAGCUACUACAAAUGGCACAUCACCUGUGUUCUCGGGGGAAAGCCGAAGAAUACACGCCAUCUCACGCAGGAGCAACGACGACGUGAUAAAGGGAGUUUGAAAGUGGGCUGUCCCUCUCGUGUGUGGGCAUGGGCUGUAGACCGUGAUAAUCCAGAUGGAGAGUGGGAGAUUAGAUGGGGAGAUACUGAUCCGGCGCUUCACAAUCAUCCACCUGUUGAUGUCAAGACGUUGCCGAAUCAUCGUCGCAGAGCUAGGGAGCAGGAUGGUGUCAAGGAAGCUAUUGAGAGGAUUGCGGCGAGUGGGGUGGGGAGGAAGGAGGGAUUGAGGGAACUGAGGGAUUUGUUCCCGGGAGGAUUGUUUAGUGAGAAGGAUAUGGCUAAUGAGUUGCAGAAGUAUAAGAUGUUGGCUAAGCAGCAGCAGCAGAGGAGUGCUGGAGAGCAAGAGCAGGUGCAGCUGCAGGAACAGGUGCAGCAGGAUCAGAACGCACAUGCAGAUGACGAUGAAGAGGAAUUGGAGGAUCUCGAGGAGGACGACGAGGAAGAGGGUGAGGCUGAGAGGAACUUGCAUGUCCAACUUCAGACUCAGACAGGCCAGGCGUAUCACCUGACGCAGCAACUCCAACAGCCGCAGCAACAUCAACACCUUCAACAAUCAGGACCAUCACAUCAGCAACUCCAACAGCAUCAACACAUGUACUCAUCUGGAGUUUCUGGAGUCCCUGGUUACUGGUAAAGGCAACUAUCCCUCGCCUUACUCUUCUCUUCUUCUCCCUGUUUCGCAUGAGUUUAUGUAUUUACUGGUGCAUGGAUGGCUAUGCAUGUCUCCACGUGUUUCUUUUCCUUGUCAGCACUGCGUAUCGAUACCCUUGCUUUUUUGCUUCUACUUUCUCCGCCUCUCUUGCUCAGGCGGUGGUUGGUACGUAGCUACAUACACACGGCUUCUCUUUCCCAACUCCACGGCAAUGCCAUUAGUACGUCAUGUCUCCUCGCUGAUCAUUCAACUUCGACUUUGUACAAAAAGCUUGGAGAACUACCUCGUCC